ACUUGCGGGUAAAACAUACCCAUUUCCUCACCCCUACCUGGAACGUUUCAACGAGUUAACUCGUGCGAGUCAAACGCUCACAGUCACAGCAUGCGAAAUUGUGAAUCUAUCACAAUCCUACUACGGUGCAGCGUUACCAACCUCUUUUAAUCCUCUCUCUUCUCUCCCUCCGUCCCUCCGUCCCUCUCUCCCUCUCCUUCUCUCUCUCUCUCUCUCUCUCUCUCUCUCUCCAUUUCCACUGCACCACUCUCCUGAUGUCACUCUCCAAUUUCGCCAAUGGCAUCCAUUCUCUCCCCACCUCAUCUUCGUCUCCUGCUUCACUUCGGGGUUCCUCCUUCUCUCCGCCCUCAAUAGUAGCCUACUCAAUCAGACGGAACAUGUCAUCGUCGUCGAUUCGGGCUUCAACUGAAAUGCCGCCUUCCCUUCCUCCUCUUCCGGAGAAUCGCGUCGUGCUAGGAUGCCGUGCUGUUUCUGUGGAUUUCUUGGCGACUGUCGCUUCUUAUCCCAAUCCGGAUGACAAGAUCCGGAGUACAGAUCGAAGUUUCAGGACGAGAACGUCGUCUCCAAAGUCUCGGGCUUCAGCUGUGGUCUCGCCUUCACUUCCUCCUCUCCCGGAGAGUCGCAUUAUAUUGGGUCUCGGUGGCACUGGUCUGGAUUUCUUGGUGACAGUUGCUGCUUAUCCUAAGCCUGACGAAAAGAUUCGGAGUACAAGCUCCAAGGUUCAAGGAGGUGGUAAUGCUGGGAAUGCUUUAACUUGUGCAGCUCGUUUGGGUCUGAAUCCAAGGCUGAUUUCUAAGGUUGCCAAUGAUGCUCAAGGGAAAGGUAUAUUGGAUGAGCUAGAAGGUGAUGGUGUAGAUACUAAUUAUGUUGUGGUUGCUGAGGAAGGAAAUUCUCCAUUCACCUAUGUCAUUGUUGACAGUCAAACGUGAGGAUCUAUGCUUGUAGCAUGGUUAAUUUUUAUUUAUUCUGAUAUUAGCUAUUAGAAAUAUCAAAUGUGACCUUUGAAAUAUCUGAUGCUUUUUGUCUCUUGAUAUCCUAAAGCGUACAAACUUUCAUCUUUAAAUAUACAGUUUUAUAUGCCUUCUUAUUUUUUGGUAAUUUUCUUUUGUGCUAUUGAUGAUGUAUUGCUUUAUUUCAUGUAUGUGGAUAUGUAGAUGGUGGUUGGUUUUAGUAUUGCUUUUGUGUGUUGAUUUCAGAUACUCUGUUUUUCAUAAUGGGCAUAGUUUUCAAGGGGCCAAGGCGAGGC